AUGAUCUGGAAUGAAUCUGUGAGAUUCACUCACUACUGUAUUUAUGUCCUACUAGCUGAUAAUCCGGUGCUGCCCAGUAUGCAUUUAAUUCAGAUGGACUCAGUCCAACGCUGGAUGGAAGACUUGAAGCUCAUGACUGAUAGUGAAUGCAUGUGUAUUCUUCAGUCUAAGCCAAUCAGUUUAGAAGAAGAUGCACACGGUGAAUUUCCUAUUUCAUCAGCACAACAUAGUGCUGGUGACAACUUGCAGUUGUUGCUGAAAAGAGCUUGGAUUAUAAGUACUGAGCUGACCAGGAUUGUUCAAAAGCUGGAAAAGAAUAGAUGGCAGAGGGUGCACAGCAUGACAGUACGAGUCAAUUGUCAUGUCCGAUCAAUGAUCAAUGAAUAUAAUAUACUCACAAGGAAUUCUUGGGAAGAAAUGCACCAGUAUGAAAAAAUGCUAGUCGAAAAAUGCUCAGAGCUUACAACAGUUACUGAAAGGUGCAUACAGAUUGAAGAUGAACAAAUAUUAAAAUCAAUGAAAUCUUGUAUUAAUGAUGCGCUAACCACAGUGGCACAGUAUUUUGCCCAAUUGAUAGAACUAGCUCUAACACAUGAAAUAAAGAACUUGGUGAAAGAAAUACAUUCAUCAGAUAACCUCUACUCUGUAGAAUCAGCUGUAAGCAACUUAUUCAGCCUUACUCAAGAAGGAUCCCAUUUGUGUCGCAUCAUUGCAAAGGAAGGAGGUAUUGUUGCCUUGCUUAAAAUCUGCCGUCAAGAUUGCUUCAGAUGCCUAUAUCCUCAAAUACUCCGGACGGUGGCCUCAGUAUGUUGUGUGGAAGAAGGAAUCCAACAGCUGGAAAAGGUUGAUGGAAUAUUAUGUUUGGCUGACAUUCUUACAGAUGGAAUACAUUCCCAAGCUACCCAUGCUGAAGCAGCUGCAGUGAUAGCUCAAAUCACAUCCCCUCAGCUCACUUUCACUCAGCAUCUCAACAGCUUUCUGGAGAACAUGGAAGAAAUUGUCACCGCGCUUCUCAAACUGUGCCAAGAGGCUGCCUCUGGGGAAGUUUUCCUAUUGGCUUCAGCUGCACUUGCCAAUAUUACAUUUUUGGACUCAAAGGCCUGUGAGAUGUUGCUUCAACUGGAUGCGAUGAAGAUUCUUAUUGCAGCUUGUUCUGACAAACAGAAAGUGGAUAGUCCCUAUUCUCGAGAUCAGGUUGUAACAGUAUUAGCAAACCUGUCUGUGCUGGACCAGUGUCCUUCAGAAAUAAUCCAACACAAUGGUAUUCAAAUUUUAAUGGAAAUGCUGUCUGAAAAAUCACCAUUUGGGAAUUCACCCGAAACGGCUGCUUGUGAACAAGUUCAACAAAAAGCUGCAGUGACACUUGCCCGGCUUAGCCGUGAUCCUGAAGUAGCUAAUUCAGCCAUAAAACUCAACUGUAUUCCACGUCUCAUACAACUUUGCAGGUCCCCAGGUGAAAGAAAUAACAGUGAUUCUGUUCUUGUUGCUUGUCUGGUAAGUAUACGGCGGUUAGCUGUGAUGAGCCCUGAUGGUCUUCAGAUCAGAUUUCCGCAGUUGGUGAAGCGGCUCGUGGAUUCCUUCUCUGCUUUGUACAAUAUGGAAGAAAGCUUUGUUUAA